AUGGCUCACCUUGCUUCAGCCCCAGCCUCCUCCUACCGCGCCCAAUAUAUUGUCUCACAUGCCGUGUCUUUCCGCAACACCAUCUUCCUUCCCGCCGGGAGCGCCAUUUACGUGCCAAAGAUCCAAGACUCGCUAGCCUUUAAAGGGCAUUCAAUUACAGACUUGAAUGGGAUCUCGGGACUUUUGCCACUCCUAUUCCACGAGGAAGGUGAUAUUGAGAAUGUCACUCGGGAUUCGCGUGUUACGACACCUUGUGCCAUGUCUAUGGUACAACACGGGAAGAACACUUCCGGACACAGAGGGUUACCAAUCAUUGCAGAAAUUAUUAUUUCUUGA